AUUUUAAAGAAGCUAUAUGUUGUUCAUUUCUUUGCCUAUCCGAAGAAAGCAGCUGGGGAUCAAGCAAUGGCUCCCUGCAACUCUAGAUCUCUCCACAUCCUAGAUCUCCUCUUUCUGCUGUUAUCUGUCCUGAUCCCCCUUGUAAACCCACUCUCUUUCAAAUACACUGGCAAUCAACUGGACGAGCCAAACUUAAACUUCUCCGGCGACGCCACCUUUGGCAACAAUGCAAUCCAACUCACCAAGGCCCAGUGGGGCUCUCAAAUUGGCAAUAGCUCUGGAAGCGCAACAUAUCCUCAACGGGUGCCUCUUUGGGACAAAGUUUCAGGAAUGCUCGCCAACUUCACUACAAAUUUCAGUUUCGCUUUCGACAAGGGAGAAACUGACAACGGGGGCGAUGGGCUUGCCUUCUUCCUCUCACCCUUCCCUUUUGAGGCUCCACCGAAUUCACGCGGUGGAGGUUUUGGACUAUUUAAUGCUACAUCGGAGAAUAAUGUGGUGGCCGUCGAAUUCGAUAGCUACCGGAAUCUGGAGUUCAACGAUACAUUCACCAUCCAUGUGGGCAUCGACAUUCGAUCGCUGCGUUCCAAAAAACAACUGUACUUGAAUAAUGGCAUCGAAAGGAUUGUACAAUUCAAUGCAUCCGUUGGUUAUGAUGCUAUUACUCGAAAUUUGAGCAUCUUCGUCAGUAAUGCUUCAGAUCCUCGGAUGAAUUGGAGCCUGUCUGAUGUUGUGGACUUGAGGGACUACUUGCCCGAGUAUGUAACCAUUGGUUUCUCAGGCUCCACCGGGGCUUCUAUCGAGUUGCAUAGCAUCUAUGCCUGGGAGUUCAAUUCCUCCAAUUUGAGUUCUCAAGAUCUUGCUCCCAAUGCUGGACCAAGUCCGAGUAAUGAAACUUCCGUAGCCAAGAAGAAGAGUAAGAUGGGAUUAGUGGUGGGGCUUGCUGUUGGUACUGGGAUCUUGCUAUGUGGGUUGGGUUUGGUGUGGUCUGCAGUAUGGCAUAAGAGGGCCAGGGGAGGAAUGGAAGCAGAAGAAGAAGAAGAAGAGAUGGCUCUUGAAUUGUCCAUCAAUAAUGCAUUCGAGAGAGGUGGCGGCCCCAAGAAAUUUUCUUAUAGUGCACUCGCGAUUGCAACCAGAAAUUUUGUUAAGGAGGCAAAGCUUGGGGAAGGUGGUUUCGGGGAGGUUUACAUGGGAGUGUUGCAUGAUACCAAGCAAGAAGUGGCAAUCAAAAGGAUUUCUAGGGAUUCUAAGCAAGGGAAGAAGGAGUACAUAGCGGAAGUCUCGAUUAUUAGCCGGCUGAGGCAUCGCAAUCUCGUGCAACUCAUUGGCUAUUGCCACGAAAGAGGUGACUUGUUACUUGUCUAUGAGUACAUGCCUAACAAAAGCCUUGAUUACCAUCUAUACAGCGAGGAGAGAUUGCUAACAUGGCCAGAGAGGUACAAGAUUGCAUUCGGCUUGGCCUCGGCACUACUCUAUCUUCACGAAGAGUGGGAGCAGUGUGUGGUCCAUAGAGAUGUCAAGCCAAGCAACGUGAUGUUGGAUUCAGGGUUCAAUGCUAAGCUUGGGGACUUUGGGCUAGCAAGGCUUGUCGAUCAUGAAAGUAACAUGCAAACAACGGUUAUGGCUGGGACCAGGGGAUACAUCGCACCUGAAUAUGCUACUACAGGAAAAGCUAGCAAAGAAUCAGAUGUUUACAGCUUUGGAGUAGUUCUACUAGAAAUUGCAUGUGGUAGAAAACCAAUUGAUGUAAAAGAGAAGCCAAACAAGAUAAACUUGGUAGAGUGGAUUUGGGAGCUUUAUGGAAAAAACAUGUGUUUAACAGCAGUGGAUAAAGGGUUAAAGAUGGAAUUUGAAGAGAAACAAAUGGAGCGCUUUAUGAUUGUAGGGUUGUGGUGUGUCUAUCCAGAUCACAAUUUAAGACCAUCAAUAAGACAAGCAAUUAAUGUUCUCAAAUUUGAUGCUCCACUACCUGAUCUGCCACCAAAAAUGCCUGUAGCAAUGUUUUUUCCUCCAAUGGAUAUUUCUAACUUAAUCUCCACGUCAUCAUCCUCUGGUGGACCUUCCGUUAGUAGCUAUUCUUCAAGUUCCAACUCAAAUAUUCACAAGAGUUAUUUUGAGUAAGAAAUUGAAAUAAAUUUAAAGAUUGAGUUUUUUUUUUCUAGCAGGUUUGAUAUGUUAUAGUUGGACUUGCAAAUUAGCCUUAUAUGUUUAUCAUGUAACAUGAUGAGGAAAUUAUUUUUUAAUUCUAUCAUGUGCAUGU